AUGGCAGAAAGAAAAAACAAGAAUGGGGGGAGAUAUCUAUGCGAUCAAUGUUUAGGUACAGAGUGCCUAGAGGAUAGAGACAAAGAUUUAUUAAAAGAAGACGAGGCUGCAGUCGGCACAGAUGAGGUCGAAGUAAGAAGUGAAGAUCAAGAUAAAAUCAAUCGAUUCAGUCGUCUACACCAACGAGAGAUUGGGCUCGAUGAUGAGUUGAAGUCAGAACAUAUUGUUGUGCAGAAAGAAAAGAAAGACUUUGACGAUGUUUCGGACGAACUUGAGUUGAUAGAUGAAGAUGACCUGAUAUUCUUUUUGAAGGUACAAAAUCGGAGAUUCAUUUCGCUACCACUGCCUGAGGUUCAGGAAUUGCUCACGAAGUCGACAGAAAAUAUUGAGGAGGAAGUAACGGUGGUCGAAGAAAAGCUUAGCACGAUCAGAGAGGAAAUGACACAAUUGAAGGUGGAAUUAUAUGCCAGAUUUGGUCGAAGUAUCAAUCUGGAAACAGUCGAAAUUUCAUAG